UUUCCUUUGGUUUCAUACUUCCAUUGCCGUGAAAUGCCCGCCUCCCCAAAUCUUGAUUUCCCGGCGAUCAUAACUAUAUUUCCCAACCACCACCACCGCCCGACCACAGAUUAAAACCUACUACCACCAUGGGUAACUGCACCACCUGCCUACGACCUGAUGCUCCAGAAUCCACCCACUACCAACCACCUCCGACUCCACAGGGCAAGAAAAAGAAUAACAAACAAAGAAGACCCAAUCCAUACGCCGAACCGCCGGUACCGAUCCGGGUGCUGAACGACUUUGCGCAACUCGCCCACCACCGGACCCGUAUUUCCGACAAGUACAUACUGGGUCGGGAGCUGGGUCGGGGAGAGUUUGGAGUCACGUAUCUCUGUACCGACAGAGAAACCAAACAAGCUUUCGCAUGUAAGUCAAUUUCGAAGAAAAAACUUCGAACCGCCGUUGACGUCGAGGACGUCCGGCGAGAGGUGGCGAUUAUGUCCACGUUGCCGGACCACCCGAAUAUAGUGAAGCUUCGUGCUACAUAUGAGGAUCAUGAAGCUGUUCAUUUAGUGAUGGAACUGUGUGAGGGUGGAGAGUUGUUUGAUAGAAUCGUUGCUAGAGGGCAUUACAGUGAGAGAGCGGCGGCCGGAAUCGCCAAGACGGUGGCGGAGGUGGUGAAGAUGUGCCAUGAAAAUGGAGUAAUUCAUAGAGACUUGAAGCCGGAAAACUUUCUGUUUGCAAACAAGAAAGAAAAUUCUGCUCUAAAAGCCAUCGAUUUCGGGCUUUCUGUAUUCUUCAAACCAGGGCAGAGGUUUUCAGAAAUCGUGGGUAGUCCGUACUACAUGGCACCGGAGGUUUUGAAGCGAAAUUAUGGACCGGAGGUAGAUAUAUGGAGUGCCGGAGUAAUUCUCUAUAUACUGUUAUGUGGGGUUCCUCCAUUUUGGGCAGAAACUGAACAAGGUGUCGCUUUGGCGAUUCUGCGUGGCGUUAUUGAUUUCAAGAGAGAGCCGUGGCCUCAAAUCUCUGAAAAUGCUAAGAGUCUCGUUAAGCAGAUGUUGGAGCCCGAUCCCAAGAAGCGAUUAACUUCCCAACAGGUUCUCGAACAUCCGUGGAUACAGAACGAGAAGAAAGCUUCGAAUGUUCCGUUGGGAGAUAUCGUGAGAACGAGGCUGAAGCAGUUCUCCGGGAUGAAUAGAUUCAAAAAGAAAGCAUUGAGGGUGAUUGCAGAACACUUGUCGAUCGAAGAAAUAGAAGUUAUUCGAGAUAUGUUUACUUUGAUGGACUCCGAUUGUGAUGGGAAAGUUACGUUCGAUGAACUCAAGGCCGGAUUAAGGAAAGUCGGUUCGCAGUUGGCUGAACCCGAGAUCAAGUUGCUCAUGGAUGUGGCCGAUGUUGAUGGGAACGGAGUACUCGAGUAUGGAGAGUUUGUAGCGGUAACGAUUCACCUACAGAAGAUGGAGAACGAUGAGCAUUUUCGCAGAGCAUUUAUGUUCUUCGAUAAAGAUGGCAGUGGUUAUAUCGAGCUUGAUGAGCUUGAACAAGUGUUGGCAGACGAGUCUGGUCAAGUGGACAUCGACGUACUCAAUGAAAUCAUGAAAGAAGUCGAUACAGACAAGGAUGGUCAAAUUAGCUACGAAGAAUUUGUUGCGAUGAUGAAAGCGGGAACGGAUUGGAGGAAGGCGUCGCGUCAAUACUCGAGAGAGAGAUUCAAGAGCUUGAGCGUUAACUUGAUGAAGGAUGGAUCGUUGCAGCUUCAGGACGAGUUGACCGGUCAAUCCGUUCUAGUUUGAGUUUACAACGUUGACGAGAUUCAUUUAUUUUGUUCUUCUGCGGAUUGAAGGUAGGAUUUGCGUAUCGCGGUUUAGAGGGGUUCGUUGCAAAGGAUUGUGGAUUCGGCUUUUGUUUUAAGUUGUAUAUAGCAAUAUAUCUUUAUUGUAUAUCUGUGACCGGGUUUUUUCAUGACUAAUCACUCGUAUUUCUGAAAUUUUAACUUUUUUUCGGGUUUCUUUUUUUGUAUCGAUAAUGUGAAUUGAAAGAAAUUUGUUUGUUUGUUUC